AUGGCAAGGAGGCAAUGCUACUCGGGGUCGAGAUGCAGGGCACACCAGAGGUUGGAGGCGGCACGGAGGAAGGAGAAGGACGGCCGCUGGGCUUGGGGAGUUGUCGAACUUGCUGGAUCUGGCGGGGUCCUAGUGGGGCUUGAGGUGACGGAGCUCCGGCGGGGUCGAGCGUGGCCGAAGGAGGAUCGACAGGGCAGCCAAGGAAGCAGGGCCAAUGCUCCCACGACAUGGCAGCGAGGAGGUAGAGGGGUGUCGGCGUUGAGGAGGUCGGGCGACGGGAGGACCUCCGGUGGCGGUGGAGCUAGGGCUCACCGGAGCAGGGGGUCGCGGGCGCCAUGGCAAGGUCGAGGCGGCGGAGGAAAAAUGGAAAUGAACAUGUGGGUGAAGUUUGAAUCGAACUCAUUUGAAUUUAAUUCAAAUGAGUGUGAGAAGGAAGUGGGUAUUCGGUAG